AUGGCCACGUCUAAAGCACAGGAUAAUGUUAUCAAAGCUCCAUCCACGGAAGACAAGGAUAAGAAAGUAAGAGCUGGUUCUCGAGGAGGUGCCAAGGUUUUUAUUGAAGAACCACCAAGAGUAGGUGUUGAAUUUCGAACCGAUAGUGGGAACAAGAUCUCUAUGGGUUUGAAAGAUGUGGCACCCGAUCGACUUGUGUCCACCCAGGAAUACUUAGCACCAUCUCCAGAAAUGUCUCUGGAGAUACAGCAUGGUCUCGGACCUUAUGCACCAACUGUUACCGCCCCUGAAAUCUGUACUUCAUCACGUCGUUUUUCGCGAGAAGUUUCAUCUCAAAAUGAUUUGCGUCUGUUCGAUAGUGUUAAGGUAGAGCUUGAUGAGCAGUAUGAGGCUCAACGAAGAGCAGCAGAGCUGGAUGAUGACAUCUGCUUGUCUAAAUCGCUCUCUGGUAUCGUGGCU